AUGACGCAAGAAUACAAACUCAAAGACAUCACGUCCCUGGGGGAACUCAAAUCCUCCACCGAUAAGCUUGAAGUCGAGAUUGAAGGAGUUCCUGAUGGAAAAGUACUGCUAGUCAAUCUAGAUGGCAAGAUCCAUGCGCUCAGUCCCAAGUGCACGCAUUAUGGUGCCCCGCUGAAGAACGGCGUUGUGACGCCAGAUGGAAGACUUACCUGUCCAUGGCACGGAGCAUGCUUCAAAGUUAGCUCCGGAGAUGUGGAGGAUGCCCCCGCCCCGAACGCCCUACAGAAAUACGAUGUCUUCGAAAAAGAAGGCGCAGUCUACAUCAAUGCUACAGAAGCAGCUAUCAAAUCAGGACAAAGAGAUCCAGUCGGAAAAUGUAACGUUCAAUCCGACGAGAAAGUCGUCAUUGUUGGCGGUGGAAGCGGAACAUUCGGCGUCAUUCAAUCCCUCCGCGAACUCAAAUACACCGGCCAAAUCACCAUCAUCUCCAAAGAACCAGACUACGUGAUCGACCGGACCAAGCUCUCCAAAGCCCUCAUCCCCGACGCAUCGAAGAUUCUCUGGCGUCCAGAAGAAUGGUACAACGAAGCCGGAAUCGAGAAGCUAGUCGACGAGGUAAAAGCCAUAGAUUUCACAUCUAAAUCUCUCUCCACGGGCUCCGGAAAGAGAAUCCCAUAUACGAAACUCGUCCUAGCAAGCGGCGGAGAACCACGCAGACUACCUUUACCUGGAUUCAAAGGCGAGCUCCAAAAAAUAUUCACUCUCCGCACAGUCGCAGAUGUUCAGGAUAUCUUAGCCGCGGCGGGAGACUCUAAAAAGAACAUCGUUGUCAUCGGUAGCUCCUUCAUCGGGAUGGAAGUCGGAAAUGCCCUAGCAGGAAAAGAGCAUGCUGUCACGAUCGUCGGAAUGGAAAGUAGCCCCAUGGAACGUGUUAUGGGCGCAGAAGUAGGCCGUAUUUUCCAGCGGAAUUUGGAAAAGACCGGUAUCACAUUCAAGCUCGAUGCUAGUGUGGAGAAAGCUACUGGAUCAGAGUCAAGCCCUAACGCCGUCGGCGCAGUCCAUCUAAAAGAUGGAUCGAUUCUUCCAGCCGACCUAGUUAUUCUAGGUGUAGGCGUACGUCCUGCAACAGAUUACCUAGUCGGAAACCCCGCCUUGGAUCUAUUAAAGGAUGGGUCCGUGUCUACAGAUGCUCAUUUCGCAAUUGACGAGCUGCAAAGCAACGUUUUUGCCAUUGGUGAUAUUGCGACGUUUCCAUACCAUGGACCUGGAGGGGAGGGAACUCCCGUCCGCAUUGAGCAUUGGAAUGUCGCGCAGAAUUCUGGACGAGCAGUUGCACGGGCUAUUGUUCAUCAAUCUCGCGGGUCUUUGGGUUCUCUAGCGCCUAAGAAGUUCAUUCCGAUCUUUUGGUCGGCUCUCGGGGCUCAACUUCGAUACUGUGGAAACACGGUGAAUGGAUAUGAUGAUAUAGUCUUACAGGGCGAGCCUGACAAUGGGAAGUUUGUUGCGUAUUAUUCGAAGGGUGAUGUGAUUGUGGCGGUUGCUACUAUGGGGGUGGAUCCUGUGAUGUCUCAUUCGGCGGAGUUGAUGCGCAGAGGGAAGAUGCCUGGGAAGAAGGCAAUUGUGGAUGGAUUGGAUGUGUUGCAGGUGAAGUAA